ACGAACUCUAAAUUCUGCGCGCGUCUGUCUCUUCUUUCGCCUGUGGGGUCCGGCCCCUCUUGCCAGCUAACUCUUCGCCUUGCCGCGUCUGCAACGAGCAAACUCUAAAACGCCACUCUUGUCUAACCCGGGCCCGGGCUCGACGAAGCUGCAUGCAUGGGCACCCAGAAGCAGGACUGGCGGGGCCUGCCUCACUACCACGGCUUGUUUGGCUGUUGGUAAAGCCGAGAGCACACCUGGGCUUCCCAAUGCAAGUCCUCUUCACAGCCCGCAUUGCUCCCUACAGCAGCACCCUUCUUGACGGCACCGCAAGCCGCCUGAAGCAGGUCUUGAUCCCGAUCACGUCCAUCGCCUCUUCCCAGUCAAGAGUCCUGUCAACCACUUUCCCAAGAGUCAGACCGACGACAACUUCUCCAAGAGCCAGCGCCACGACUACCACCCCAACAGCCAGCGCCACGACGACUGGGUCUGGCCUGUAGCAUUGUCCUGCGCGCGUCAUGUCGCUCCUCCUGGCGCCCUAGUGAGUGUGUCUGGAUGAUGGCUUGCCUGCCACUCUCUCUGACCCGCGUCGAAUCGCCCUUCUUCCCCAGCAACAAUGCCAUGCGCCUCGGCCAAGGGUGAGUGCG